ACUGAUUGUAAUUUGUAACUGUUCAGUAAUAAUCACUCACGCCCUUCAACGACUCCCCCACUUUCUCCCCUCGCCUCCCUUUUCAUCCCCCACACCAUGUUUUGUUUGUUAUAAAUGAAAAUAAGAGGAGAAAGAACUAAACUUUAGCCAGAGAAAUUGGUGGGGCAUUUUCUUUUCAGCCAAGGUAGUGGAAAAAGAACGGAUUGGAUGUUGAUAAGCAAUAUUGAUCUGUUACUACUGUAGGGGACUGAGAGACGAUGCCAAACCAGCUAUGGUUUGCACUGCCAAUGAAUUACAGGGAUGGAAAGAUUUUCCAAAAGGACUUAGGGUUCUUCUUCUUGAAGGAGACAUCAUUUCUGCUGCAGAGAUAAGAGCAAAGCUCGAGGCCAUGGACUAUAUUGUUUCUACCUUCUGCGAUGAGAAUGAAGCCUUGUCUGCAAUCUCGAGUAAUCCUGAAGGCUUUCAUGUUGCCUUAGUGGAGGUGAGUACAAGCAGUAGCCAGGGAGGUUUCAAAUUUCUAGAGAAUGCGAAGGGCUUGCCAACCAUUAUGACUUCAAACAGUCAGUGCCUGAACACCAUGAUGAAGUGCAUUGCGCUUGGUGCAGUUGAGUUCCUCACUAAACCAGUAUCUGAGGACAAGCUCAAAAAUAUUUGGCAGCAUGUGGUUCACAAGGCAUUCAAUGCUGGGGCAAGUAUCCUGUCUGAAUCAUUAAAACCUGUCAAAGAAUCCGUAAAAUCCAUGUUGCAGCUCCUAACAGACAAAGGACAACAUGAAAGUACAAUUUCAAUAGAUUUAGAGAAUGUAUCCAGGUUUAGUGAUAAUGUCCAUGAGCAGUCUGCUGGAAGUGAUAAAUAUCCAGCUCCUUCAACCCCACAAUUAAAACAGGCGGCAAGGUUACUGGAUGAUGGGGAUUGCCAUGAGCAGACUAAUUGUUCAACAGAAAAAGAAAGUGGGGAACAUGAUGGAGAAUCUAAAUCUGCCGAAACUUCAUGUGAGAAUUUGAACGCUGAAAGUUCUCUUCAACCAAGGAAACCUGAGAAGACUAUGAUUAAGGAGGAAGAGGAUUUUGCCAAUGUUUCCAAGGGUGAAAAUGCUGUAUCACUGAAUCCACAUAAUAGAAAGUUCCUCAGCAACGCUGAUGGCAAUACAUCUCCAAAUAAAGGAGGUGUUCUUAAUGAAUCACGUGAGAUUAAAGCUAAUCGGAAGAAGAUGAAAGUAGACUGGACGCCUGAGCUGCACAAAAAAUUUGUAAAGGCAGUGGAACAGCUAGGUGUUGAUCAAGCCAUUCCUUCUCGAAUAUUGGAGCUAAUGAAAGUGGACGGCUUGACAAGGCACAAUGUGGCAAGCCAUCUUCAGAAGUAUAGAAUGCACAAGAGACAAACGGUGCCCGGGGAAGAAGAUCGAAAAUGGCAAAAUCAAAGAGAUCCAACGCAAAGGAGCUAUUGUAUGCAAAGACCAAUCAUGGCCUAUCCUCCAUAUCAUUCUAAUCAUACCCUUUCUCCAGCUCCUGUAUAUCCGAUGUGGGGACAACCCGGAAGUCAAGCAGGCGGUGUACAGAUUUGGGGUCCUCCUGGUUAUCCCUUGUGGCAACCUACAGAAAGUUGGCACUGGCAGCCUUAUCCGGGGGUUCAUGUGGAUGCAUGGGGUUGCCCAGUGUUGCCACCUCCUCAAGCUCCUUGUUUCUCCUACCCUCAAAAUAUAGCUGGGUUGCACAAUGCUAAAGCAGUGGAUUAUAGAUUUGGCAUGCCACGAAGUUCCUUUGAGCAUCAUCCGGCAGAGGAGGUGGUUGACAAGGUUGUGAAGGAGGCAAUUAGCAAGCCAUGGCUACCCUUGCCCUUAGGCCUCAAACCUCCUUCAAUGGAUAGUGUACUGGCUGAACUCUCCAAGGAAGGCAUGUCCAGCAUCCCUCUUGGCCGCAGCAAGGGUUCCAAGCAUACCUGAACCAAGAACAGAAUUUUAGUGCAUCAGAUGUACCAACUAGUAUAUGGAAAAAGUUCACCAAUGCUCGUGUGCUUUGCUUCAGAAUCAUUUAUGUCCCUGUGAUUUUUUUCUUAUCAUAUAUGUCUUUGUGCUUUGUUAAAAAUAAGAAACCACAGGGGUAUAUGUGAUAAAAAAAAUACCCUUCUACAAACCAGAGAGGCAUAUGUGAUAAGAAAAAAACCACAGAAGCAUAAGUGAUUCUGAAGUAAACCACAGGAACAUAGGUGAACUUUUCCCUAUACUUUUUUGCAAAAAAGGAAAAAAAAUUAAUGUGACGGGAUUUUUUUUUUUUUCCGAAAGUGGUGAAAUUUUUUUCAAAUAUGGAAAAAAGAUGUACGUAGUUGGUACAUAUGAUGCAUUAAAGUUUUGUCCCUGAACCAGAGAUGACUAGCCCCACUAGGUCCCACUUCUGAUGAUGAUUGACAACAUGGCUUGCUAGCGUUGGCCAAUCAAUCAUAUAUCAUUGCCCUCUUGUAACUAUUUUGCUUCUCAAAUUUAUCUCUUCAGGUUCCAACUACACUAGUAAAUUGGCUGGAACUUUUAGGACCAUUUAAUUUGCCUUGUGGUCCCCACUGCUGAGCGUUGACGGUUGAUAUCAGGUCCUACAAUACCAUGCGACACAAAUGGAUAUUCGCUGGAACAAAACACAAAAAAGAAUAAAAAGUAAAAAGGUUUAGCUGUUGAGCAGUUUUAAUGCAGUGCAUGACACCCGGUAGGCAAGUUGAGUAGCUGAGAAGUGGCCACGCAUUUCUUGAAACUUUCUACAAAAAAAUGUUGUGGCUGUAAAUAAUCGUGAUACAAACUUUUGAUGGGGAUGUGGUGGAGGGUUUCUUGGUUGUGAAUGACCAACUGGGGGACCAUAAUGUCUAUGUUAUGUUAUGACUCGUGGGGGAGUGGCCUAGUAGAGUUAAGUAAUAAUGGAAACGGUGGGCACGAUAAUGUUGUGAAUGAAGAUGAGUUCAGGCUUUGGCGGAUCCUAACUUGUUCUUUCUCAAUUCAUUUUUGUUCAGCUGUUUUAGCUAAAUUCAGAAUUGAGAACACUCAUCUGUGCAUGUGCUGUGUUCGUAAAACACGU